GUCAAUUAAAUCCGCGUCCAUCAGGUUUGUGUGAGGACGGGGUGUCAGGGAGAGGGAGAAGGCGGAAAGUAAAAUGGCGGCUGCGCCCGAGUUAGCGACGGGUGAAGGGAGAGUGUUGCUCUGUUGAUUUUUUUUUCUUCUUGGGGAAAUUUUAAAACGUUUGUAUUUCGAAUGACUCGAGCUCUCAAGUUCAAAAACAGAUAUGGGCAAUUGUUUCAAAUCGCAGUCGGGCGAUGACAUCUCUCUGCUGAAUGACUCGGCGAGUUACGCUGGAGCAGCCGCUGGCGAGGGAGCGGCCGCCCGAGGGGACGCCUCAGCGGAGGGAGCGCAGGAUUCAGAGUCCUCGGCCCCGGGUUUGCUGCUCGUACUGCCGCCUUCGCCGCUAUACCAGGAACAAGUGCAAAUUCCAGUUUAUCACCCAACACCCAGUCAGACCCGCCUGGCAACUCAACUGACAGAGGAAGAACAGAUCCGAAUAGCACAGAGGCUUGGCCUAAUCCAACACCUUCCCAAAGGCAGCUUUGACUUUGGCAAGGAAACCCACAACAAGAAAAUCAAGGAGUGUGUGAUCUGUAUGAUGGACUUUGUAUAUGGUGACCCGAUUCGGUUUCUGCCAUGCAUGCACAUAUACCACGUGGAUUGCAUUGACGAGUGGCUGAUGAGGUCCUUCACGUGCCCUUCAUGUAUGGAACCUGUAGACGCGGCUCUGCUCUCAUCCUACGAGACCAACUGACUUAACUGGGCUUCGAGUCCAGUUGCACUUUUGAGUGUCUUGCUGCCAAAAGGGGGAGAAUAAGGUGGGGAGGGAUAGGGAAAAGAAUCAUGCACUCACUCAGACCAAAGAAGUAUCCUUUUGUCUCACCAUAGCUUCUGGGUGGGUACCAGACAGUGCAUUUUUUCAGCUGGGAAAACGAUCAAUUGGCCAGAUCUUCUAAUUAACAUUAACUGGCUAAAAGGGAAGUGAUUAAAAUCAAAGUGGGGGCAGUAGUCCCACUCUAACAGCAAGAAAGCCGUUUUUUGAUCUGACUUUCUGUACUUUAGUAUUAGUCACUGUCCACCCAGCCACGUAUGCAUUGUGUUCCUUACUGGGAGACCACAGUAAAAGCUUUGUAAGCUUUUGACUUUUAAGAUGGAUUUUACUUUUGCAUUGCUGCUGCUGCUUUGGACACUCCCUCUUGCUGAGAUUUAGAUGAUGAUAGCUCCCUUACACCUCACCACGGUGGUUAUGCUUUUUGCUUGCCUGCUGUGCUCAUGUAACAGGGCACAGUUUUGGAACUGGACAUGAAGUGGGUCAGAGUGGUGAUUGGAAGAGGCAACCUAAAAAGAUAGAAGAUAGUGAAAUGAUUUGCCUGUGGACACAAAGAGCCCAAAUAUAACGUUGGCCUUUCUCCUGAAACUCUGCAGUAUUAAGAAACUAGACGGAGACUGUCAGAAAGUUAUUCAUCUGGGGGUCAGGAAGCUGCAGCUUAUUUCUUGAAAUUCAUUCACAGUGUGUGGAGCAUCAUGAGCAAGGUCAGCAUUUAUAGCCAAUCCCUAACUGCCCCUGAAAUGGUGGUGGUGGAUUGCACUUUAAACUGCUGCUGUCCUAAUUUACAGAUGUACCCACAGUGCCAUUAAGGGGUUGUAGUAUUGGACCCAGUGAAGGAACUGCCAGUAGACUUCCAGUUUGAGAUGGUGUGUGACUUAAAAGGCUUCAAGCUGAUGAUUGUUUCGAUGCACCUGUUUGCUUUGUCCUUCAGCUGAGUGCCCCCUGUUCAGCAGUUGUUGGGCUAACAGGAAUCCUGAGUAAACUUCCUGUAGCAGUGAGGGAGUUUUGAAGUAGCCCGCUAUGAUUGAAGUCCCCUUCUGAGAUCAGCUGGCUCGGCACUGUACUGGGGACAACUGAGAUUUUAAUGCAACUUUGUCUGAUAUCAUAACCUGUUAUGUUAAAUAAGCAGGACAGCAGCAUGGCAAUGUCCCUGAUUGGUAUUUUUCUUAAACUGAUUGGAGGGUUCAGAAUCUGCUGGGUCUGUGUCAAGCCAGUGAGAUUUGAGUGUGAGUAUCUAAUGUUGAUGCUUCAACCAUUUUCCCUGACACCGGACUCCUGAUUCUCACUGUGUGAAGUCCAUGUGUUUCUCUGCACUGUAGUGAGGGGGGCAGGGGAUUUAUAGGUGAGGCUGUUUUGGUUAAGAUCCAAGAUAUUUCCUGGCAGCAGGCUUCUGAACACCGGAGACCUGGUUAAGUCCUUUUCCCAACAAUGGUGACGUGUGGACUGGGAAAUUGAACUCCCACAGUCUAUGAGAGGGACUGGCCCACAAGAUUUUUAUUGUUGUAGCAAUCUGUCAGCACUUUAAUAUUUACUCUAGAGAGCUUGCGCAAAUGUCAGUUUAGGAGAUUUAGUACAAUCUAAUGAACCAAAAAAACUCUGAAAAGUAGUAACCAAGUAGAAUAAUCAAAUGAUGGAGGACAGACAGAAGCCGUUCAGCUCGUGUUUGUGCUGACCCUAUAAGACUUCAGUUAGCUUGGGAAAACAGCAAGGCCUUUUUUUAUAUCCCAUAUAGAAAUUAGGAGCAUUGUUUUGAUACACCUUUCAAAGAGUUUAAAGGCAAUCCUCAGGCAACUCCAUUGAUCUUGGUGCCAUCUGUGCGUGUGCUUCCCCAUUACUGCUGCUGCUCUGUUUCAUUAUCGUUGAUCCUGUACAGACUAGGAAUUAAAACUGAAACCUUCCUGGUCUACCUGGCUCUGUGCUCUGGCACAGCCUUUUUUUUUACCGAACUUUGGCCUGAAUCAUUAGCCAGGAUAAUGCCUCCAACUUGCUUGAGGAUUUUGGGGGUCUUUUAUAAACAUGGUUGUCAGACCAUUUGGGAGUGCAAUUGGGCAACACUUCUUCACGCAAACGGUGGUGAGAGUUUGAACUUGUUUCCAUGAAUGAUAAUUAGUGCAAACUAGAUUUGUUAGUUCGAAAUCUGAGAUUGAUAGAUGUUUGUUCGCCAUUGGUUUUGAGCAGUAUGAGUGUAACACAGGUAUGUGGAGUUUGCUCGUGGAUCACCUGUGAUCCUGUUGGUUAUUGGAACAGGCACGUGAGGCUGGACGGUCACUUCCUGUUCCUGUGUUAUCUGGAUAAGAACAUGAAUGAGCAAAACCUGUCUGGGUUCAAAUUGUACUGUACAAUAUGUUUAUUUAAUUUUUUUUGUUUUUAAGGAAAGUAUUGAGUUCAAAGUGCGGACUAUAAUCAGAUGGUACCAUUUAGUUCCAAAAGGGUCAACUGAUGAACGUUAUAAAUGCUCAGAGCUGUUGAUUAGCAUUUAGAAGUCACACACAAAUGUUGGUUGGAGUUGAUUUCAGUUUUGGAAGAUGGGCAAUCCUCCUCUUUGCUCCUGAACCUGAUUCACACUGUCUGUCAAUUGUACUGGUGUUGGCUGCAUAUUCUCCUUACAGAAGUAUGUACUGAUACUGCAACUUUCAAAGUGUUACAUAAGCUCUGAGGUGAAUCAUUACAGCCAUGCCCACUAUUACUGGGCAUCUCCAUUGUAUGGACUGACCAGGAAUAAGGAGAGAAUCUGAGCUUUGCUGCGGGUUCCAGGCCCCAACAAGUGGGAUUAAAAAGCUGUCUUGGGGCCUUCAUGUACCAGCAGUGGGACUAAUUCCUAAAAUUAGCUGCUCUUGGGUCCUAAGAGAGCCAAUUGCAGUGAAGAUAUUUGGAUAAGUAUUGGCUGCUGAGGUGUGUCAGUGAUCUCAAGGCACCUCCAGGUAAGUAAACUGAAAUGUAAACUAUCUGAGGGCCAGUAAAUGCAGUUUCAGGAGCUUGUCAUCCUUUGGUUAAUUAUUUCACCCCAGCACACGUCUCAACUGAUUCAGUACCAACCAGUAAUGAAACCUGUGACUUUUUGGGCUCUGGAUGAGUAUUACAUCUUUACCUGGGGGAAGGCUCAGAAGUGUUCUUCAACCUAUACACUGUCACAAGUCUCAUUGCAGACUAACAUGUCUCCCAGAUUGCACUCACUCACGAUUAGAGGUUUGUGGCUGUUUGAUUUUUCAGUUAGAUAUAUGUGUGGAGUGUCGGCAGUUUAUUGGUUUUUUUAAGCAUCAGUUUUGCUUUUAGUGUUUACUAAUUUUAGUCCUCUUAACUUGGGAUGAAAGAAUGCUGGGUUGACUCAUCUGUUGGUCAGGAAGUAUGAUACCCGGCUUGUUCUUUGGAGAGGGGCAAAUGGAAUGAGAAUCUCAUGGAAUUAACCUUCCAGACUGUGACUGAAAUCUGUGUGGGUCAGGUGCAAUACUUGAGAACUAUAAUAUAUGGUUAGUGUUAGGAAUCGUGUUUUCCUGUGGAAACUUAUUGAACCCUCACACAUGGUUCCCAUUAUAAAUGUGGACAUAGGAAUUUAUUGGAGAAAUCUAAAAAUAUGAAUGCAAAGUAUGAUUUUGAUGGGAACUAAAGUGAUGGUUUUGUCCUGCAGUUCACUGACUCUCUCUAACAUCUCUUUCCCUGGAUUGUGUAAUGUCACAGGAGUUUGACACCCAUGGAAACUUAGCCUGUUGUAUAAAUGGUGGGCAAAGUGCCUCCAGUCUUGGAAGCCAUUUAUCACAUUUCACUGGGAACUGGCAGUAAUAACUGAACAUUAAAAAAUAUUAGGUGCAAACAUUUAAAAAUAUUUCUAUAUUUUACUGUGCCCUCUGACAACAACAGGCCUUUGGUGACUGUGAUUGAUCUCACUCUGGGUGAGAGGGUUGCUGACUAUGCCGUUCGGUUAAGAGAAGUACAGUGAAGCAGCUGGUACACCCAAUGUUUCUAGUAGCGAGCACCUCCGUUGUAUUUGCAGAACUGACCAUUGAGAAAAAGGCAAGCAUGGCACAGAUUUACUCUCCCUGAAUAGAGGGGAAAAUAACAGAUCAAUAGAAAACUAACUUAUUCGAGGAUAUAAAUAUUAGCUGCACUUUUUGGCAUUGUAAGAGCAUUGUUUUGCCAGUAUUGUCAUAUAGGUCAUGGAAUUAACCCCAAGUGUCAGAGGUUGGAGAUUGUUUCAGUGUUAGCCCAAGAAUUGCAGUUUCCACAAGUAACUGGCCACAGAGAUUAAAGUGGCAAAAUUGAUUAAAAAUGGGAAAUUGCAUAUACACAGCUUCCACUUGUGGUUGGAUGCACUUUGGCAGAAUCCCUGUUCCUUUGUAAGAGGUUACUCUUCCAGUUGCAGACACUGUGUAUUCCUAAUGGUACAAUUGCACAAAGAACUUUUUAAUGUUAAUGAUGCUUUGAAAUCUGCGAGUUUGUUUUAUUCUGUUCAAUCUUGCACAAGCAUCAUCUGCUCCAGCUUGGGCAGUGAUAUCCUGGAUAUGUACUUGAGUGUAAAGGUGUCUGGUUUUUUUUGCCAAUUACUGCAGAAAGAUACAAUAGCUAUUGGACACACAAUCUCUUGAUACUGAGAGGCACUCCUGACUGGCUUCUUCAGAGCUUCUCAGCUCAGACCUUAACAAGGAUGUCAUCAUUAAUUCAUUUUUGUAACCCAGAUCUACCUGUACACAUUUCAGUCAAAAUGUUGCAAUCCAGAACUGCCCAAUACUCCACUGAUUUUGAGUACAAAUGAUAUCUUUUGUUGGUUUAUACUAGCUGCUGGUAACAAAUCAUGUAAAAGUAUGUAUAUUUUUUGAAAAAAAUAAACUAUCA